GGAGGCGCUUUCUCCAGCUCAACUGGGUCUCCCUGCCCCGGAGGGAACCCAGAACAUCCAAAGGGCGCUCCUCCGGCCUGGAGCGCGGGGACUGGUCCUUCCCGUCCCCUCCCCCGCGGGACAAAGACCCGGCCUUCCCCAUUCGUCCUGCCGUCGGCCAGCUUACUUGGUGGCACAGGAGCCGCGGGGACCGAGUAGAGACCCCACCCCCCGCCCCGCGCCCCGGCGCGCCUCCAGCUCCUGCAGACCCGGUGACGGACAUCCAGGGCCAAGAUGACCGAGCGCUUUGACUGCCACCACUGCGAGGACUCGCUCUUCGGCAGGAAGUAUGUACUUCGGGAGGAGCAGCCCUACUGUGUGGCCUGCUUCGAGGCCCUGUUCGCCAGCACCUGUGAGGAGUGCGGGAAGUUGAUCGGCUGUGACUGCAAGGACUUGUCCUACAAGGACCGGCACUGGCACGAGGCCUGUUUCCGUUGCUCGCGGUGCCGGGGCUCCCUCGUGGACAAGCCGUUCGCUGCCAAGGAGGACCAGCUGCUCUGCACUGACUGCUACUCGCAGGAGUACUCGUCGCGAUGCCAGGAGUGCAAGAAGGGCAUCAUGCCAGGCACCCGCAAGAUGGAGUACAAGGGCAGCAGCUGGCACGAGGCCUGCUUCAUCUGCCACCGCUGCCAGCAGCCCAUCGGAACCAAGAGCUUCAUCCCGAAGGACAGCGAGAACUUCUGCGUGCCCUGCUAUGAGAGGCAGUAUGCCCUGCAGUGCGUGCAGUGCAAGAAGCCCAUCACCACCGGGGGCGUCACGUACCGGGAGCAGCCCUGGCACCGCGAGUGCUUCGUGUGCACCGCCUGCAAGAAGCCGCUGUCGGGCCAGCGCUUCACGUCCCGCGACGAGUUCGCCUACUGCCUGGGCUGCUUCUGUGACCUGUACGCCAAGAAGUGUGCUGGCUGCGCCAACCCCAUCAGCGGACUGGGCGGCACCAAGUACAUCUCCUUCGAGGAGCGGCAGUGGCAUAACGACUGCUUCAACUGCAAGAAGUGCUCGCUGUCGCUGGUGGGGCGAGGCUUCCUCACGGAGAGGGAUGACAUCCUGUGCCCCGACUGCGGGAAGGACAUCUGAGCGGCCCCCCACUACUCUGACUCCCCCACCCACCCAGGUCCCUGCUUGCGCUGCACGCAGAUGCUGUUUGCUUCCUCCGCCUGCACCAGGCAAUGCUGCAACCCGGUCCCCUGGCCACUGCGGGGCUUUCCUCUGUGCUUCUCAGCGAUACUCACCUGUUCAAGUCCUUUACUCCACACUCUGUGCUUGCGAAGGAGAAAACUCAUGGGAACCUUAGGCAGGAAAGGGUUUUGACUUUCUGUAAUCAAGCGAGACCAAUCUGAGUGUAAAAAUCCUUUUGAGUGAUAUCUUUAUAAACGUUUCUUUCACGCGUAUUUAAGUACAAUCAGUUUGUCACAAACUUGACCGUUUCUUAACUAUGGUAAGGUAAUGAGUUGGCACUUCCGGUGUAACUUCCUGUCGUGUGGGGCUGCAAGCAAGGUGACAUGGCUUACAAUAAAGGUAUCCAGGGCAAAAUCUUUU